AUGCGUAUAGCUAGAAACAAUGAAGAGAUUACAAAACUAGAAGCUCAAUCAACAAACAAGACGAACAACUUAUCGAGCCAAGCACAUGCCGUAGUUAAUCGUGGUGAUAUUAAUGGUCAGACCAACAUGAAGAAAACGAAGGACGUUCACAGAGUAAAACGAGCUUCCGACAAAAUGGUGUCGUCUAAAAGAGGCUCAAGAACUUGGAAAAUUCCUAAAUACUCAAAGAAGCAGCCUAGAUCAGAUCAAGAACACCCUGGUUUCAAUCUUGAUUAUAUGCAGCCCACAACACACCCGCCGCACCAUAAUUAACGCUUAAUGAUCAUGUAACGAUAGAAACGAAUUUCAUAUCGUGAUUUAUUAUAUAUCAUAACCUUGAGUCACGAAG